AUGGCUCCAUCCGCUAAAGCUACUGCUGCUAAGAAGGCCGUUGUCAAGGGUACCAAUGGUAAGAAGGCUUUGAAGGUCAGAACCUCUGCCACUUUCAGACUCCCAAAGACUUUGAAGUUGACGAGAACUCCUAAAUACGCCACCAAGUCUGUCCCUCACUACAACAGAUUGGACUCGUACAAGGUCAUCGAGCAGCCAAUCACCUCCGAGACCGCCAUGAAGAAAGUCGAGGACGGUAACACUUUGGUUUUCCAAGUCUCCAUGAAGGCCAACAAGUACCAGAUCAAGAAGGCCGUCAAGGAGCUAUACGAGGUCGAUGUCCAGUCCGUCAACACUCUGGUCAGACCAAACGGUACCAAGAAGGCCUACGUCAGAUUGACCUCCGACUACGAUGCUUUGGACAUUGCCAACAGAAUCGGUUACAUCUGA